GUCGUGCUGGUUAAUUUCAACUGUCAGGGGAAGGUCACACCUCAGUGAACAAACUAAAUAAAUAUUAUCCUUUCCCAAAUAUGUGUAGGGAGGAAGGUUUAAGCAACUGAACACCAUCUCACUCACUAAAACAAUCCUGCGGAUUGCUAUGCAAAAUAGUCCCAGCGCAAUAACGAUUUGAUUUGCUUUGGUUUGGUUAAUCGGGCAAACAAUCGACGUUUUCCAACACCUGCACUCCGCAGUUUUCCAAUCCCCCGUAAAAUAAACAAAUAAUAUCAAAUUAUUGCCACAACAAUGAAUAAGCUGAAGUCCAACCAGCACCGCGAGAAGGUGAAGAAGUUCAUAUCGCUGACACAAACGGGCGAACAGACGGCCAUCUUCUGUCUGCAACAGAACGACUGGAAACUUGACCUGGCCAGCGACAACUACUUCCAGAAUCCGGAAUACUACUACCGGGAACUGGACCGCAAGCGCAUCGAGCAGCUGUUCGUGCGCUAUCGCGAUCCCAGCGAUCCCCUGAAGAUCGGCUCACAGGGGGUCAUCCACUUUCUGGAGGAUCUGGACCUCAAGCCGGACUCCAAACUGGUGCUGAUCAUCGCGUGGAAGUUCCACGCCGAGGUGCAGUGUGAGUUCUCGCGGGAUGAGUUCAUCAACGGGAUGUGCGACCUGGGAAUCGACAGCAUCGACAAGCUGAAGGCCAAGCUUCCCAUCCUCGAGCAAGAGCUGAACGACGCCGGGAAGUUCAAGGACUUCUACCACUUCACCUUCAACUACGCCAAGGAUCCGGGGCAGAAGGGCAUCGAUCUGGAAAUGGCCAUCGCCUACUGGUGCAUCGUUCUCAGUGGGCGCUUCAAGUUCUUGGACAUCUGGUGCCAGUUCCUCGAGGAGAAGCACAAGCGGGCCAUCUCUCGGGACACCUGGAACUUGCUGCUGGACUUUGCCACCAACAUCGACGAUCGGAUGAGCAACUACGAUUCGGAGGGCGCCUGGCCGGUGCUCAUCGACGACUUCGUGGAGUGGUGCCAGGAGAACGACCACCUCAAGGAGGACUCGUCGCCGGGGUCCGGCUUCCAGCCGCAGUCCAACGCAAGCUCCAGCUCCCAGAAGAACAUAUCCAGCGCCUACCAGACCUCGCACAGUACAAACAUGAACUAUGGCUAACGAAUUGUUACACUGUAUUGUAUUCUCAUUAAUGAUAGAUUUGCUUUUAUUCUGAUUAUUCUAAAUAACGGAGAUUCUAAGCAAGGUCGGUAAAUUUACAUUUUCUCUAUAAAAGCGUCGUAAUAAAUAAAUAAAGUUAGUAAAUGUACUUAUA